AUGUCCGAAAACCGCAAUGUCGAUAUCUGGAUAGCAGGGGCUUUCGCCGCAUUCACAGUCGACCUCAUUGUCUACCCACUUGAUACGAUCAAGACUCGCCUACAAUCACCAGACUACAAGAAGCUCUACACAAAUGGCCCUAACAAUGCCGUCAGUCGAUCGAUGUUCCGAGGCGUCUAUCAAGGCGUUGGCAGUGUCAUAAUAGCAACCCUGCCGUCCUCUGGCGCCUUCUUUACCACAUACGAGGGAAUCAAAUGGACAUUGCAACAGCACAAUCCACAAUGGGCUGGGUCGAAUCUUCUACCACAGCCUCUCUUACAUUCCAUGGCAUCUGGAGCUGCUGAGCUAGUCUCGUGCGCCAUCCUCACGCCAGCGGAAGUCAUCAAGCAGAAUGCUCAAAUGGUGGAUAACUCCAAGACCGACCGACCACGAGUCAAUGCGACACUCGAGACCAUGAAGCGGUUUCGGAGUAAUCCCUUUGCAUUAUGGAGAGGAUACACUGCGCUGGCCAGCAGAAACCUCCCGUUCACAGCCUUGCAGUUUCCGAUGUUUGAGAGAAUAAAGCAAAGCAUAAGAAAGCAUAGAGACGAUAAUGGGACGAGGACAAACACAAUACUAGAGAGCGGGUUGAUCACGGCGGUCAGCGCGGGCACAGGAGGCAGCAUUGCGGCAGUCGUGACGACGCCAAUAGAUGUUGUGAAGACGCGGAUCAUGCUUGCUGCGGCGGAAAGUGCUGCACAGGACCAAAGGCCUAUUAUGAAAAAUGCCGAGUCGGCGAAGGACGCUGUAGGGAAGACUGCCACCGAGACCUUAAAGACUGCGAAGGAGAAUGUCAUUGAAGCAGCGAAGAGCGUUGCGAAGCCAGCGAGCUCCAAGGGCAGCAUGCAGAUUGCCCAAGAGAUCAUGGCCGAGCAUGGCGUGAAAGGUUUGUUCAGAGGCGGUGCGCUGAGAGCCGUUUGGACGAUGUUGGGGAGUGGGCUGUAUCUGGGUGUGUAUGAGAGUGGGCGUAUAUAUCUUGCUAGUCGGCGAGGCGAGACGCUUAGCGAUGAGGAUUUGAAGUAG